AUGAACGGCAUCGCGCCGCCUCAGCCAUAUGGGCAGCCGCCCUCGGUCUGGCAGGAGCAUCACACCCCCGAUGGCCGAGCCUACUAUUAUAACUCGGCUACCAAGGCUACGCAAUGGACCAAGCCAGAGGACAUGAUGUCGCCUGCAGAGCGCGCUCUGGCCAACCAGCCGUGGAAGGAAUACACAGCCGAAGGCGGUCGAAAGUACUGGUACAACACCGAGACCAAGGAGAGCUCUUGGGAGAUGCCCGACGUGUACAAGACUGCUCUGGGCAUCAAGGACAGCCCCGGUCCCGGCGCCCCUACGCCUUCGCAGACACCAUUUACUCCUGGCAGUGGCUUCCACGACGCCCCUCGUGGCCCAGCACGCGACCGCGAAAUGUACCGUGACACCUACUCCGAGUCCCGCCAGCUCCCGCCCUCCAGCGAAGCGAGGGCCCAGAGCUUCGUCCCCUCCUCCAACGACCCGGAGUAUGCGACCGCGGAGGAGGCCGAGGCGGCCUUUGUCAAGCUGCUCCGCCUCAGUGGCGUGCAGCCCGACUGGACGUGGGAGGACACGAUACGCGCGACGGCGCGCGACCCUCAGUUUCGAGCUAUCAAGGACCCCAAGGGCCGCAAGGACGCCUUCGAGAACUACUGCCACGACGUCAUCACCCAAGACAAGGAGCGUGCUGAGGAGCGCCUGAGCAAGGUCCGCGCCGAUUUCGAGACGAUGCUGAGGCGCCAGCCCGAGAUCAAGCAUUACACGCGGUGGAAGACGGCCCGGCCCAUGCUGGAGGGAGAGACGCUGUUUCGGUCGACGGCCGACGAGGCGGAGCGCCGCCAGAUCUUCGAGGAGUACAUCGUCGGGCUCAAGAGGGCCCACGCCGAGGAGCAGUCCAGCAUGCGCAAGAGCGCCAUGGACAGCCUGGUUGACCUGCUGCCCAAGCUCAAUCUCGAGCCCUACACGCGCUGGUCCGAUGCUCAGGGAAUCAUCUCCACCACCCAGACCUUCCAGAGCGAGCCCAAGUUCCAAGCCCUCAGUCAGCUCGACAUGCUCAACGCCUUCCAGGGCCACAUGAAGGCUCUCGAGAGGGCCUUCAAUGACUCCAAGCAGCAGGAGAAGAACCGCAAGUUCCGCAAGGAGCGCAAGGCCCGCGAUGCCUUCAAGUCGCUGCUUGCCGAGUUGCGCAAGGACGGCAAGAUCAAUGCUGGGACCAAGUGGAGCCAGAUCUUGCCCCUCAUCGAGAACGACCAGCGCUACACCAGCAUGGCCGGCCAGGGCGGAUCGACCCCCCAAGAGCUGUUCUGGGAUGUUGUCGAAGAGGAGGAUCGUGGGCUCCGUGAAACCCGUAACGAUGUUAUUGAUGUUUUGGAAGACAAGCGAUUUGAGCUGUCAUCGACGAGCGACUUUGAGGAGUUUCUGUCCCUCAUGAAGGAUGACCAACGCACUGCUAACAUUGACCGUGACAUUCUGAGGUUCAUUUUUGACCGCCUCCGCGAAAAGCGUUCAUCAAGACGCGACGACGACCGACACCAGCAUCGCGCCAUUGAAGAGCUCCGCGCCUACCUGAAGCGCAUGGAGCCGCCUAUCACUGCCAGCGACACAUAUGAAAAGGUACGACCGCGACUGUUGAAAUCAGAGGAAUUUCGGGCCGUCUCUUCCGAGGACGCCAGACGCUCCGCGUUUGACAAGCUCCUCCGCCGGUUGCGCGAGAAGGAGGAAGAUGCCGAGCGCAGCAGCAGCUACCGGCGGCGCGACCGCGAUCGUGAGCGCGGGCGCGGCUCCAUCGACCGAGAGCGUGACCACCGCCGUGACCGGGACAAGUCCAAAGGUGAGCGUGACCACCGUAGUAACGGACGCUCGUCAAGACGUAGUCGCAGCCCCGUUGAGGCGGACGCCUACGAAGCCGACAGGCGCAGGGCCAUUGCCGAGCGAGAGCGCAACCACCGCAAGGCCACCAUGGCCGAGAGCGCCUUCUCCAGUGUUGGCGCCAGCGACCGACUCUCCUCUUCCUCCCGCUUGUCCCCGGCAGCAGCACCCCGGAGGGAGCUGCGCGAUCGGGAUGUCCGAGAGCGUGAACGUGAACGUGAACGUGAGCGUGAGCGUGAGCGCGACCGCGACCGUGACCGCGACCGUGACCGCGACCGCGACCGUGACCGUGAACGUGAACGUGAACGUGACCGCGACCGUGACCGCGAUAGGGUCAGGGAUGACCGCAGGGACAGAGACCGGGAGAGGGACCGCGACUACGACCGCCCGCCCCCCCGCUCCCGCCGUAUCGUCAACGAGGAUGCUCCCCCGCCUCCGCGCAGGGACGAUGACCGCGACAGGCUUUACCGUCGUCGCACUGAUCGAGGUUCGUACGAUGAACUCCCCUAUGGAGAUGAGGCUCCUUCGACAUCAGGUGCUGGACGUCGUCGUCGUGAUGACGAUCAGGACCAUGCUAGACGUGAUUCGAGAGAUUCCAAGGUUAGUCCCCCUUCACGCCCUCUGUUCUCCCUUCUCUUCCCCCCCUCUCUUCCCUCUCAAAUCAAGAUCUAA